CAGCGCUGAUAAGCUGCCUUUCUGGCUCAGCCUGCCAGCCAGCCCGAGCGGCCACGGAAGGGGGUGCAGCGGGGAGCAGAGGGCUGCGGACUUGCGCAAGCAGCGGGGUGCCGGCUCUCACGUCAGAGGCUACCUCUGUGCCUAAUGAGUUGCACCAGAAUGAUCCAGGUUUUGGAUGCACAUCCUUUGACAAGCUCAGUCAUGCCAGUGGAUGUGGCCAUGAGGCUUUGCUUGGCUCAUUCACCACCUCUGAAGAAUUUCCUGCGUCCUUACAAUGACUUUCAACGAAGAAAUUUUGUGAAUAAAUUAAAACCCCUGAAACCAUGUCUCAACCUCAAACAGGAAGACAAAUCACAGAAUGACUGGAAGCACUCACACAACCAAUCCAAGAAGCGGGUGGUCUUUGCUGACUCCAAGGGCCUGUCUCUGACUGCUAUCCAUGUCUUCUCUGACCUCCCAGAAGAAACUACAUGGGAUCUGCAGUUUGAGCUCUUGGAUCUUAAUGAUAUCUCCUCUGGCUUAAAACUCCAUGAGGAGAAAAACUUGAUCCUAGAUUUUCCUCAGCCUGCAACUGAUUACUUAAAUUUCCGGAACAAUUUUCAAAAGAACUUUGUCUGCUUGGAGAACUGCACUUUGCAAGAGCGAACAGUGACUGGGACUGUCAAAGUGAAAAACAUGAGUUUUGAGAAAAAGGUUCAGGUCCGUAUCACCUUUGACAGUUGGAAAAGCUACACAGAUGUGGACUGUGUCUACAUGAAGAAUGUGUACGGCGGCUCCGAUAGUGAUACCUUCUCAUUUACCAUUGACUUACCCCCUGUCAUUCCAACUGAGGAGAAAAUUGAGUUCUGCAUUUCUUAUCAUGCGAAUGGGAAGGUCUUCUGGGACAAUAAUGAGGGUCAGAAUUACAGAAUUGUCCACGUACAGUGGAAGCCUGAUGGGGUGCAGGCACACAUGGCACCCCAAGACUGUGCAUUCCACCAGGUGCCCCCUAAGACUGAGUUAGAGUCAACAGUCUUUGGCAGUCCAAGAAUGGCUAGUGGGCUCUUUCCAGAAUGGCAGAGUUGGGGGAGAAUGGAGAACUUGGCCUCUUAUCGGUGAAUUAAGCAAUCUAGUGUCUGACCUGUCAUAGUCUCUGUGCAAUUCUAGGUCAGUGUUGCUCAAUAUUAGGAAGUUUUUGCUACUUUGGUCCAUUAGUAGGUUUAGGUUUGAGCUUUUGAGGCCUGGCUACAGGGGAUAUAGACACUUGAGAAUUCAGCACUUGCGUCUGAUAUGGCUGAUGCUAUCCAGUUUUGUUUUGGAGAAUCAAGUAACAGCCUAGGAACUAUUUUUAGAAAAAUAAUGCUUUUUCGGUGCCUUUCCUCCUUCCCUUUCAAUUCACUAGCUUUCACAUUGGGCAAGAAGAAGCUGAGGGAGGAGAACUGAUGGUGAUGGGAAGCUGAAUUAAGGGUAUGAGAAAUGUGUGGGAGGAGUACUGUAUGUGAAGGGCUCUGAGACUCAACUCAGAGGAGGAGAGGAAGGUCUGAUACUUUUGUUGGUAAGAACAUGUAAGGUUGUCUUGUGUAUUAAAGUUGGUUUUAUGGUUCUCUCCUGGAAAAAUAACUCAGGAGGAGAGAUCCACUUUAUAUAUUCUUGUGGAGACAAGAUAAAUAAAAUUCCAGGGUUUUGGAAGGUAUUGGGGGAAGAUGAUCUGUAAUGCUAGAGAAUUAAGAUCUUAAGUGAAGCCCUUAUACUUAAGCAUAGUCUAUCAAAAUCAUGAUUUGGGGAAAGCUUAAGCAAACAUGCUGCUGCAGUCAUGAUGUGAUAAAUGACUUUUGAUCAAGAUUGGGUAUUUGGAACAGAGUGCUAACCAAUAAAAACCGUGCUGUCAUCAAUGAUUGAUAACAUGUGGGAGCUCAAGGUGUCGGCAAAGAGCUCUUUGCAAGUACCUUGAUUAAACCAGAGUACUCUGGUCACUUAACCCAAACAUCAGAAUGGUCAUCUGGUAACUCAUGAGUGUUUGGCCUCAUAAGGAGGUCAUUCCUCCUACAGUUCUGCUGGGCCUUCGAGAGUGCUGUCGGUGUACAUAGCCUCAUCCUUCAUAUUGAAGGCGACUCAUUUUUCUGCCACACUUUUUCAAUGUGAUAUUUGGAGUGAGGACUGACACUAGGGUUCUCAGUACAAGAAUCUGGUAUCUUGCAUGUAGAAGUAGCCGUCUAACUCUUGCUUGUUUUUAUCUUGCUGUUUUAAUUUCCUUUGAAGUCAAAAUGCUUUUUUUUUUUUUUAAGAAAGUGGAUAUGAAUUGUUUUGGCUAUCAAUUGUUUUUGUGUGUGUUUAAGUUUAUUCUAUAAGACCUUAAUGGUGGAGUUCCAAAAUAUUUGCUUCUACAGAGCACAUCCAUUGAGAAGUGUUAAGAGAAUAUGUGAUCUUCCAUGCUGGGAAAAUACUAUUGGAAUAACUCUGCUAUGACAGUUUUUGAGGUUUGACUAGCAUCCAUAAUUUUUCUACUGUAAAUUCAUUCUCUUCUAGCUAUCCUUUAUGAGCUUCUCACCUUAAGAAUAAAUGUGUCUGAUAAUGA